CGACCGUUUUGUGGGGCAACAGGAGGGACAGGGGAAGAGGAGGGUCUUUGUGGGCACGUACGGCGGGCCACGGUUAAGGGUCGUCCUGCGGGGAGGUUUGGCAGCGAGAGGAGUCUCCGGACGCUGGAGUCAGACCAGUUGGACCCCGCUGGCCACGUUAAUAGAAGGAGAGAAGGAAACCCCUGGGAACUCACUGCGGGACAGGACCGGAGGGAUGACCCUGUACACAUAUCCUGAAAACUGGAGGGCCUUCAAGGCCCUCAUUGCCGCUCAGUACAGCGGGGCUCAGGUCCGCGUGCUGUCCGCACCACCCCACUUCCAUUUUGGCCAAACCAACCGUACCCCCGAGUUUCUCCGUAAAUUUCCUGCUGGCAAGGUUCCAGCCUUUGAGGGUGACGAUGGAUUCUGUGUGUUUGAGAGCAAUGCCAUUGCCUACUAUGUGAGCAACGAGGAGCUGCGGGGAAGUACUCCCGAAGCAGCAGCCCAGGUGGUGCAGUGGGUGAGCUUUGCUGAUAGCGACAUAGUUCCCCCAGCCAGUACCUGGGUGUUCCCCACCUUGGGCAUCAUGCACCACAGCAAGCAGGCCACAGAGAAUGCAAAGGAGGAGGUGAGACGAAUCCUCGGGCUGCUGGAUGCUCACCUGAAGACGAGGACUUUUCUGGUGGGCGAACGUGUGACGCUGGCUGACAUCACACUUGUCUGCACCCUGUUGUGGCUUUAUAAACAGGUUCUGGAGCCUUCUUUCCGCCAGGCCUUCCCUAAUACAAACCGCUGGUUCCUCACCUGCAUUAACCAGCCCCAGUUCCGGGCGGUCUUGGGGGAGGUGAAACUCUGUGAGAAAAUGGCCCAAUUUGAUGCUAAAAAGUUUGCAGAGAGCCAGCCUAAAAAGGACACCCCACGGAAAGAGAAAGCUACUCGAGAAGAGAAGCAGAAGCCCCAGGCCGAGCGGAAAGAGGAGAAGAAGGCAGCUGCCCCUGCUCCCGAGGAGGAGCUGGAUGAAUGUGAGCAGGCGCUGGCUGCUGAGCCGAAGGCCAAGGAUCCCUUUGCUCACCUGCCCAAGAGUACCUUUGUGUUGGAUGAAUUUAAGCGCAAGUACUCCAACGAGGACACACUCUCCGUGGCGCUGCCGUACUUUUGGGAGCACUUUGAUAAAGAUGGCUGGUCCCUGUGGUACUCCGAGUACCGCUUCCCUGAAGAGCUCACCCAGACCUUCAUGAGCUGCAACCUCAUCACUGGAAUGUUCCAGCGAUUGGACAAACUGAGGAAGAAUGCCUUUGCCAGUGUCAUUCUGUUUGGAACCAACAAUAGCAGCUCCAUUUCCGGAGUCUGGGUCUUCCGAGGCCAGGAGCUUGCCUUUCCGCUGAGUCCAGAUUGGCAGGUGGACUAUGAGUCAUACACAUGGCGGAAACUGGAUCCCAGCAGCGAGGAGACCCAGACGCUGGUUCGAGAAUACUUUUCCUGGGAUGGGGCCUUCCAGCAUGUGGGCAAAGCCUUCAAUCAGGGCAAGAUCUUCAAGUGAAAAUCUCCUGCCAUCACCUAGCUGCCCGCACCUGCCCUUCAGGGAGAAUGGGGGUCAUUAAAGGAAACUGAACAUCGAACCCUCUCCUGCCCUGCCUCCUUUGUGGGUGAUGGCUUCUUCAAAGGGGAGUAGAUAUGUUGAAGCAGGGUGUUGUGUAUACCUGCAGGACCUCCCUGUGUAGGAGAGAAGUGUUCAGAAGAGCAGAAAGAGAGGCCUCUCCUCAGUUUUGAUUUUUUUUUUUUUAAUUGCCUUGCCUCUCCUGUGAUGACCAUCUUCUAGCCUAGCUGGGAGAGACUGGAUGUAGUUAGGAGGUGGUGACACGGGGCUUUUGCAACUACCUAACUGGAGACCUUCCCGCGUGAAGGGGGAGAAUACCUGCCGAUGGGGUGAGAGCACAGCAUGCAGAGCGACUUACCACUACUUCCCGCAACUGCCCUGUGAGGUGGGGCAGCAGCCGUAUCCCAAGAGUCAAUAGUUUCAACACUUCAGACAAACAGCGAGAAGAGACUCCUUGGAACAGAUACUGGCCUGUGGCCCCUAACCUGGCUGCGGAUCAUCUCUGGGGUAUCCCUACUUUCUAACAAGGAAGUGGGGUUCAGAGAUUUAAGCAACUUGCCUGUGAUCACACAUUUUAGGUGGUGGAGACAGGAUUUUGAACCCAGUGGGUGUCCCUGGAGCCUGUACCCUAAAAACGCCCUAGCGCUUCCUGCAAUGUAGAGCAGUCAUAAAUGUCUUUUAACAACCCUG